UCCAUUCCAUCUCUCCCCACGCGCACCUCACUCCCCCCGCUCUCUCUCUCUCCUCUGCUCCCGCCGCCACCCGCCGCCUCUCCUACGACGCCCAUGGCCGCCAUCACCACCGGAUCCGCCGUCUCCUUCGCGAGGCCCGUCAAGGCAAUCAAUGUUGGCUCGGUAUCUUUUGCUGGUUUAAGGAAGGACAAUGUGGCCUUCCGUAUGCAGCCAGUAACACAAAGACUUGCAGUUAUCUGUGCUGCCAAAAAGGAAACAGUGGAGAAGGUUUGUGAUAUUGUAAAGAAGCAGCUCGUGCUUCCUGAAGGCACUCAGGUUACUGGUGCCUCUAAGUUCACUGAUCUUGGUGCUGAUUCCUUGGACACGGUUGAGAUCGUUAUGGGUCUCGAAGAGGCUUUCCAUAUCAGCGUGGAGGAAUCAAGUGCGCAGUCAAUUGCGACAGUGGAGGAUGCUGCUAAUCUCAUCGACAAGCUUGUUGAGGCUGAGGCUGGAAAAUAAGCCCAAAUUCGUUGGAAUAAUGUGUCAACUGUUAAGAGAUCAAACUACUGUUGUUGUCCGAUGUCCAUUUUUCUUUUCUAGAUUUUACUGUGGAGAGGUGCUUUAAUAGCACAUGAUUAUCAUUGGCUGUUUUGCGGUGAUUUUGACAUUUGAAGCUAUUGAAGUUGUUGAGAAAAGCUAUUUUCA